UCCGAUUCCACAGUCGAACGCGAUCCCUCCUUAGAGUAUGACCAAAGUGGGAAAAUUGUAUGUGGCGAAAGUGUUGUGAAAGCCGAUGCCUUAAUUAAUAAUUAAUCAAACGUACACAACUCCAACGAUGUUUUCAACGGGCGUGAACAGUGGCACAUGGUGUCGCCAAAGUGUGCUCAUUUUAAGUGUGUUUUCAGUGUUAAGCUUUUCGAGUGCCGAAUCCGACUUUUACAAUGUCAACGAAGUUGUCCUCUUUGCCACACCGGAUGGUUGCCGGACCGGGGAGUACUUUGAUACUUUCACGUUCAAGUGCAAACCCUGCGACGAGGGACUACAUCUGCGGGUGGACGAUAGGCGCCUUUCGUGCACCUGCGACGAACGUUCGGUCCCAUGGCGCGACUACGACUCCUCCCAGCAGGGUCCAAUCUGUCGAAACGUGACCGAAUUCUUCUCCGCCGGACCCCGGCUUGAAAUGGUCAAGUUCUGCAAAGCGUACCACGUGGCGUUGCUCAACUCGACGACGAAAUCGGCGGCCAGCGGCGAGGGUCGAAACAUUCAAAUUUACCGCAAAACCUAUCCCCCCGGCAACGAGAGUACCGUUUGUGGGUGCAAACAGCAGGGCAUGGUGUCGUUUGUGGACGGCGCGCGAACCUACUGCCUUCCGGCGGUACUGCUGCGGGACGUUCAAAGCUACCAACCGUUCCGACCGGCCGCCGUCAAUCGUCACAACGGGAACGUGUUUCGGCAAAUUAAAUAUCUGAUUGUGUUUUGCCACGUGAUGCGCAGCACGCGACACUGUCACCAGUUGGCCAACCUGUGUGUGCUCGCGUUCUACAGUCUGGACAAGUAUUCGCCGUGUGAAAUCUUCUACACCUAUCAGACGUACGAUCUGUCCCAGGGAGGGGCCGGGUUGGGAGCGACCAAGGAUAGCGCGGGCAAGAUGAUGGCCAGCCUGUGGACGGUGGGGGACACGGUCAAGCCGCCGUUGUUUUACCGCCGGGGAAAGUACGUCAACGAGGUCCUGGACAAGUAUCUGGACUUUAGCUACGACGCCAACGUGAGCAAUACGAUAAACAACACGAUAAACUUCACCCUCAUCGGCUAUGAUUUGUAUGGCCACCUGAGGAGCUACCAGCCGAUGCACCUGGCCGACCUGAACCUGUGCGAACGUUACUCGGGCAGCCAAGAGCAGCGGAUUCGAUUUGGCCAGAGUUACCACCGGCGAUGCCGGGUCAGCUUGCGUCAACUGUUGGCCGAUUUCGGCGAACCGAGAUUUUUCAACCUGUACGCGGACUAUUACGACCAGAAGGCUCGGCUGCUCCGGGCGGUUCCAGUUUUGGCGCGGAAGGCCUUUUCCCACAACGACCAUCCGGAUCCGGAAAAGUGGCAACUAGUGAGGCGCUUCCUAAUGGUGGACGCCCUAUCGGGACUGAAUGAGAACUAUAAGGGCAAGCUGUACGACGAGGACCCCUUGGGUGAAAAGUAUCACUUUGUUCGGUAUGCCAAGCGGAUUGAGCUGGAUAUUCGACUGCACCCGGAUCACGAGAAGAACCCGAAUCGAAUAGCGGUUCCGCUACUGAAAAUCGAGUAUCAAAUGGUGAACACGUCCCAACCGGAAACGUUCUUCGACGGGUUGGUGGAGUUCGAGUUUCACGUAACGUUCAGUAAAAAGUACAGCUUCGAUUCGUUACUGGAGAUCCUCCUGCCAAUCUUCAUCCUGCUGGCGUUCACGAUGACCCUGUUUCAAACGUUCUGCCACAAACUCCGCCAGAAUAAGCUGUACUACGAUAUGGAGAUCUUCGCCAACUUUGUCGUGUACCUGUGUUCGAAUGUGGCCACCGCGCUGCUCGCCGUAACGGUAAUCGUGGCGCUGCACGUGUUCGUCACGUACAAAACGCAACAGAACGUUAAAAUGCUGCUUCCGGUCGAGGUGGGAAGCGCGCUGGAGAUUUUCGUCUAUCUGGCGUUUAGUUUCAAGCUGCUCAAGUUGCUACGCGCUUUCGCCCUAAUGGCCGGUAUCGACAUAUUCUUCAUCGACUGGGAACGACCUAAAAUUUUGGACAUUGGGAUGCAGCGGACGCAUCUGGACACUCCCUCGAUAACUUCCAGUGCAACGCAGACACGUCCAACCUGCGACAGCGUAUCGGCCUGGAGGAAUUACUUCAUCGCGAACGAGUGGCAGGAACUUGCGACGAAGCGCAAAAUCUCCAUGUUUGCCCACGUGGUCCUGCUCAUCACGGUCUUCUUUCUGUUCGGAUUCGGGCACUGGUCGUCGCGAAGUUCCAGACUUCACAUCAGCCAAAAUGAAGAAUACCUCGGUGAUGACGAUAAAGUGCUCAAAAUUGCCGUUGGGAUUCUGAUCUACGGAGCGAUUUACUUCGCUCAACGAGUAUACAACUUUCUCAUCUACGAGCGGUUCAUCGAUAACGCGCUGCAGCAGUUUAUCGACGUGGCGUCGCUCGCCAACAUAUCCGUGUUCAUUCUCUGCAUGGAGUCGUACGGCUUUUACAUCCACGGCAGAUCACCGCACGGAUUUUCCGACACCGACAUGUGCUCGAUGAUUCUGCAGUUCAAGCGGGAAGAGGACAACCUGUGCGGAAACCGCGGCCUGCUUCCCGGUUCCGAGCAGCAAACCUACUCGAUUUUAGUGCCAAAAAAUCUACGCGCUUUCUACGACAAGCUGAUCGCACCACUGCGGAACUCCAACUUUGGACCGCAUCAACACCUCAAUCAAACGCACCUGGUUGGCAGCGCCAAGCUGAGCAAUUCGGGUGUGAUAAGCGGCCCGGGAGGACACUUUGAGUUCAACUUUGAAAAGACUAUACUGACGUACUACAAUGUGAACAGAUUCUUCGCUGCGUUCGUGGAUCACGCUCUAAAAGAUUUGGACUACAUCAUUCAGGAACGAAGUAUUCUGGAAAACGUGCUAGAUUGUGAAUUCCAAAGCUACGUUACCGACAACAAGGGCGUGUUCUACAUCGACAACGGUCACUCGUUCGACCAGGUUCUGUUUUACGGCAAUGAGUCCAUUUUCUUCCAGCUCGAGCUUGCCCUGUUCAUCUUGGUUGUGUUGCUCACCAACGACUACCUGUGGGCAACUGUGGUCGUGGGUGUCGUCUACAAGGCAUUCGAGAUUGUGAUGAACUACGUGCUUAAAAAUAAUCUCGCCAAAAAGACGCUCAUCGAUAAAAGGUUUCUCAUUUAAUAAGUCCGCUCAGCAGCAACGUUGAAAGGUGAUGUGAUAGAAACGAGUUUCAUAUUGAAAGUCACGACGUGUUAUCAAGAAAUGCAAUAAACUGAAUACUUUUUGUAAACCCUCUUCCAAAAUUCAGAAUAA